AUGCUGGACAUCUCGAGACGAAAGUCGUUGGCGUGGUUGAACAGUACUUAUAUAUAUGGCCGAAUCCCAUUAUUACACACCAUUCUUUUCCUCGUCGAGUUAGCAAUGGCCGCCCGACUCGUCGCCAAAUUUAACUCCUACUAUGCUCAGAAGCCUGUCCUAACCACAAUGAUCACGAACGCGAUUCUUGGAGGCAUUGCAGACACGGUGGCUCAAUCAAUAACCGCAGUUCGAACAAGGCAAGCCAUGUUACCGACCACGACCGAUUCGAGAUACCUGAUCUCCUCCGGUGUCGAACUCGAAGAUUUGAACGAAAAGCCUGCAAGGCUGUCGCCUGGUCUUCCCCCUCGAAGCAAUGGGCCUCAGUCUUUCGAUUUCGAACGCCUGACUCGAUUCAUGUCAUACGGGUUCUUGAUGGCCCCAAUCCAAUUUCUUUGGUUUGGUCGACUGACCAAGUGGUUUCCUAUCACCCCCAAAAGCGGCACACUUCCGGCACUGAAGAGAGUUGCUAUGGACCAGUUGAUAUUUGCACCUUUCGGUCUUUGCUGCUUCUUCACUUUCAUGACGGUGGCAGAAGGAGGUGGAAGGAAAGAGGUUAUGACCAAGUUCAAGGACAUCUAUCUACCCACGCUGAGGGCGAACUAUAUCCUCUGGCCUGCCGUACAGAUCCUCAACUUCCGCGUCAUGCCCCUGCAAUUCCAGAUCCCCUUUGUGAGCACUGUGGGAAUCGCCUGGACCGCCUACCUCAGUUUGACGAAUUCAAGUGAGGACGAAGCACAAGCUCUCCAAUGA